GGCACGAGCUAGCGUGUGUCCGGCACACUACUGCCGCUAGCUAUUACCUACUAGCCUUCGAUCACUCCCUCCUCCUCCUCCUAGCUACAAGUUCAAUUCCAUUCCAUGGCCAUGAACAUGGACGGCAACGUUAGCAAGCUGGCCGCCGUCGUGGACGCCGAGAACCCGCGGCGUGCCCUCCCGUGCGGCGUGGACGACGACGACGACCUGUCGCAGCGCGCCAACUGGCUGCGCGCCGCCGUGCUGGGAGCCAACGACGGCCUGGUGUCCACGGCGUCGCUGAUGCUGGGCGUGGGCGCCGUCAAGGCGGACGCGCGCGCCAUGGUCAUCUCGGGGUUCGCGGGCCUCCUGGCGGGCGCGUGCAGCAUGGCCAUCGGCGAGUUCGUGUCCGUGUGCUCCCAGCGCGACGUCGAGCUGGCGCAGCUCGACCGCGACGGCAAGCGCGGCGGCGACGAGGAGAAGGCGCUCCCCAGCCCCGUGCAGGCCGCCGCCGCGUCCGCGCUCGCCUUCUCCGUCGGCGCGCUCGUGCCGCUGCUGGCGGCGGGCUUCAUCCGCGACUACAGGCUGCGGAUCGGCGUGGUCAUCGCGCUCGCCACCGCCACGCUGGCCGCCUUCGGCUGCGUCGGCGCCGUCCUGGGGCGCGCCCCCGUGGCGAGGUCGUGCGCGCGGGUGGUGGUCGGAGGCUGGGCCGCCAUGGGAGUCACCUUCGGGCUCAUGAGGCUCUUCAAAGCCAGCGGAAUAUGAUCUAUACCCUUUCCAACACACGCUUCGUGCUGGCGUGCGUGCCUGCCUGGCCUGCUACUAGCUGGUCGGUUGGUCGGUCGAGCUCAUAGUUAGUUGUUCUUCGUGUUGUUGCUUGCUUCCUACGAGCAGCUCCUAACCAUCAAUCAGCAUAUCCCUAGUUGUUGCUUCUUCUAUGCAUGUAUUCCUCGUGUAUAGCCGGCCACCUGCUGCUGCUCCGAUCUGAUCUGCUGCUGCUGAAUUAUAUGCAGUAUAUCCAUAGGUUUACCAUGCAUGCAUGUAAUACUACUACUGAUAGUACCACUACCAACCAUAUGCAUGCAUGCUUGUACUGGCCGAGCUCCACGCAAGAGUCUAAGACGCGACUAUGGCAUGCAUGCAUGUGUAAACACACUACUAUACUAGUAUCUAUUCUCAAGUGUACUGAUUAAUCAAUUUCUCUCUUAUUCCUAUAUGAACGAACAUCA